UUUUCCUGUGGGAAGUGCUGUGUGAUUGCUUAGCCAUCUUUACUUUUUCAUAUAUACCAUUCUAUGAACCUUCUUCACCUUCCUUCCUUCCUUCCCCACUUACCAAAAACUCACUUCAAAAUCUCCAAAGUGUUCACCUUUAACUUCAUUCCCCUGGGUUUCACAGUUGAUAACAAAACUUAUUUGCUAGGAAAUAGAACAACUAAACCCGAAAGCCAUAGAUUUUAUCCAAGUAGGGAUAACAAUACCAUGCCUGGAAAUGAACUCUGGACUGAUGGAUUAAUUUGUGCUUUCGAAUUUAUUCGAGGCCAAAAUAAAUCAACCAACCCCAAACCCGGUUCUAAAACCCCGAAUAGACAACACAUCAAUGGCGAUAAUCAGUCAAGGACUGAGCAAAGAGCCAGUAGUGUUCCUUCCUUUGAUGACGAUAGAGGUAGCCCGGUUCGUCAGCCAGGACAAGUUCAAAGCUUUGAAAAAUAUGAUGUUGGUAGCCAUUGGGUACCUAUAGGAUGGAGUAGGAUUUCCGAGCUUGUACAGACCGUACAAGUUGAUGAUGGUUGGGCAUCUCAGCUGCUCGAUUCGAUGGAUGAUGAAUACAACUUCACUGUUGCAGAGUUAGCUGCUCCCUAUUGGGAGCGUCCUGCAGGGCCCGUGUGGUGGUGUCAUGUGUCUGCAGGUCACCCUUCUAUCGACAGUUGGCUCGGUAAUGCUCAGUGGUUGCAUCCUGCCAUUAGUUUGGCAUUGAGAGAUGAGAGUAAAUUGAUAAGUGAAAAAAUGAAACACCUACUUUAUGAGGUCCCAGUUAGAGUUGCUGGAGGACUGUUAUUCGAGCUGUUGGGACAAUCAGCCGGCGAUCCAUUUAUUGACGAAGAUGACAUCCCGGUUGUGCUUCGAUCGUGGCAAGCACAAAACUUUUUAGUUACUGUACUCCAUCUAAAAGGACCUGUGUCAAACAUAAAUGUGCUUGGUAUUACAGAAGUUCAGGAAUUUCUUUCAGCUGGAGGUUACAAUACACCAAGAACAGUGCACGAAAUCAUAGCACAUCUUACUUCUCGAUUAACUCGAUGGGACGAUAGGUUAUUUCGUAAAUCCAUAUUUGGCGCAGCAGAUGAAAUCGAACUGAAGUUUAUGAACAGGAGAAACCAAGAGGAUAUGAAUCUUUUUAGUGUAAUUCUAAAUCAAGAAAUCAGAAAGUUAUCAAGACAGGUUAUCAGAGUAAAGUGGUCACUUCAUGCUAGAGAAGAGAUAGUGUUUGAGCUUCUCCAACAUUUGAAAGGAAACACAACAAGAAUCUUACUAGAAGGAAUAAGAAAGAGUACAAGAGAAAUGAUCGAGGAGCAAGAAGCCGUACGUGGUCGGCUUUUUACCAUUCAAGAUGUCAUGCAGAGCACCGUUCGCGCAUGGUUGCAGGACAGAAGCCUUAGAGUAACGCACAACCUAGCCGUCUUCGGUGGAUGUGGCCUAGUUCUUUCCAUAAUCACCGGGCUAUUCGGAAUCAAUGUUGACGGAAUCCCCGGUGCACAAAACACACCAUAUGCAUUCGGGCUAUUCGCAGCCAUCCUUUUUGGUGUGGGAAUCAUCCUAAUCAUAAUCGGGUUGAUUUAUCUUGGACUAAAACAACCGAUCACCGAAGCACAAGUUCGAGUUAGGAAGAUGGAACUACAAGAGUUGGUUAAGAUGUUUCAGCAUGAGGCAGAAACUCAUGCACAGUUGGAAUUGGAAAGACAUGGUCCACAUGAAGAGACUGUGGAAGAAGGGGAUAAUACUUCUCAUGAUACCCCCAAAGUGAUUAGACAUGAUAAUCCAGUUUAGUUGAAGCAACAAUAAUAAGAAGAUAUGUAUAUUAUAAGAAUGUCUACCGUAAUCUCCGUGUUUUUCGACAUUUGUAUCGUAAUAUUCUAAUUUUUUUACACGAUCGUGUACAUUGUAGUUAUAAUAAACAUAACUACCAGUUUUUGAGAAA